GCCUUCCUAACGUACAGUUCACGGGAGUCUGCGCUCAACGCCCAGAACGCCUUGCACGAGAAACGGACUCUGCCAGGGAUGAACCGUCCUAUUCAGGUCAAGCCUGCAGACAGUGAAGGAAGAGCAGGUACGCUGGCCUUGUGUUGCAGCGAGCUGAAUAGCGGAGACAAAGACCGGAAGCUGUUCGUUGGCAUGCUAAGCAAGCAACAAACUGAAGAAGAUGUACGGCAGCUUUUCAGCCCAUACGGAAGCAUAGAAGAGUGCACCAUUCUCAGGGGACCCGACGGUGCCAGUAAAGGUUGUGCUUUUGUCAAGUACGCUGCCCACUCAGAAGCUCAAUCAGCUAUCAACCAUCUGCACGGCAGCCAGACAAUGCCGGGAGCGUCAUCGAGUCUCGUCGUGAAGUUCGCCGACACAGAGAAGGAGCGACAGCUGAGGCGUAUGCAGCACAUGGCCAGCAACAUGGGGCUUCUCAACCCUUUUGUCUUCAACCAGUUCGGCGCGUACGGCACUUACGCCCAGGUCAACGUUACUGAACAACAGUUCAUGCAUCAGCAAGCAGCCCUGAUGGCCGCGGCCAGUCAGGGCACCUACGUGAGCCCUAUGGCCGCCCUCACUCAGAUGCCCCACGCCGCUGCCCCUCUCACCAACGGCAUUACCAGCCCCGUUGUUCCUCCCUCGUCAGCGACGACUGUUGGCUUGCCAUGGGAGUAUCACUUAACUAAAGUUGGUACAAACGCUGCACCUGCCGUUAACGGAGCACUGCCAUCGCUGUCGUCACCAACGCUACAGAGUUUCAAUAUUGCUCCUCAGCACGGUGGACCUAGUAGCCAAAAUGGAGCCACUGAGACUUCCGUUUAUUCUACUAAUGGCAUUCCACAGGGCUUUGCUGCUGCACCGCAACCUAUCCCAAACGGAGACGCUACCGCCAUGCAACCUUCAGCUUACCCCGGGAUGCCGUAUUCCGGAGUUGCUGCCUUCAGUCCUGCCGUAUUCCCUGUUCAUGGACAAAUAGCUUCUCCUCAUCUCGCCGCGACUCCCAUCAACCAAACCAAGGCUGAAGGAUUUGAUGGAGGCUCCACUGGUGAACCCUUUGCCUCGUCCGUGGCCGCGACGCUACCGCUUCAUCAAUUGUAUCGAAGAAGAAAGUACCUUGUUUCAAGUUGCUCGAUCUCAGGACCGGAAGGCUGCAAUCUCUUCAUCUACCAUUUGCCACAAGAGUUUGGCGACGCGGAGCUCAUGCAAAUGUUCCUGCCGUUCGGGAAUGUCAUCUCCUCAAAAGUCUUCAUUGACAGAGCUACCAAUCAGAGCAAAUGCUUCGGUUUCGUAAGUUUCGACAAUCCCACCUCCGCCCAAGCUGCCAUACAAUCCAUGAACGGCUUCCAGAUCGGCAUGAAGCGACUAAAGGUUCAACUCAAGCGACCCAAGGAUGCUAGUAGACCUUACUGAAAUAUACUGACAACCACGUCGAUGUUAACGUUGAUGUCGUCUGCGGUCUCACCAACAUGAAGGAAGAUCUUACCGCGCAGCGUCAUACUUUUGCGCCGCGCCACAGUCCGUACAGUAACACCACCUGCAGUGCCAUCGCCUACAACGCCACCAUCUGCAGUGUUGCCACCUGCAGUGGCACCACCUGCAGUGCCAUCGCCUACAUCGCCACCAUCUGCAGUGUUGCCACCUGCAGUGGCACCACCUGUAGUGCCGCCGCUUGCACUGCCACCAUCUGCAGAAUCACCUCCUGCAGUAACACAACCUGCAGUGUCGUCGUCUACUGAUUACCGAAGGAAAAUUUUGUUGCUUUUCAAGCAUCCGCUACACUUUUGCCGCCUGCACUUCGCCCACAUGGAGCCAUGCACUUGUCACUUCCAACUUCUGAGCAUGAUUUUAUUUUUAAUUUACGACAUGUCUGCGGUGCGAUUAAAACUAGCAUAAUGCCUGGCAAUGGUUUGCAUCGUGGACGCCAUUUGCUGUUUCCAAGUCAAUAAUAAUUCAAACUACAUUCCAGAUGGGGUGUUCGCAGCAAAUGUGCAAGUUGAUUUUGUAUUCAUUCAGAUUGGUAUUAAUUUUCUCAUUAUUCUUGGCCUAUAACGUCGCUGAAUAUCAAUGGUGGAUUACACUCGUGUUGUAUCCCUAGCGUAGCACAAAUUGCUUCUCACCGUCCCACUGUUUCUGGGAGCUGCCAGAACUCAGUCUGGUGCAUUGGGAAAUGUAAAUAACCACAGGAAUAUGGAUGGCUGUAUGCUUAACAGCAUACUCUUGCUCACGAGAUCCUCGGAAUGUGUAUAAUCAGUAGCCAAAGGCUCUUCUUUACAUCGCUCCUUGCGGACAUUCGGGAGUGAUGGAAUCUUAAUUCUUCAAUCUAAUUACAAAUAUCACGCUUAGAAUAACGCUUUCCUCGUUCCUGUCACAACAAAACUAACCUUUACCAUCUCCGAUGCCUCCUUAUACUUUUUAUCAUCGCUUUAUUACAUACCUGAAAUUUUUAAACUUAAUGUUGGACAUAUCGCUCGACAGUGCGCCAGGUUCAGAUAACGAAUAGAACACCUUCUCCAAUGGGGUUCAGUUUAGCUCUUUCCGAUUAUUUCAUUGUCUUCAAGGUUCAACUUGAAGCAUGAGGAUACGACUUGUCAUUGUCGUCAACCUGUCGAUAGAUUUUAAAGUUGUGAAAUUUCAUUCUAUAUUUAUACUAAUGUGUAACAAAAGAGCUUGAAUUUGCUAUUGAAAUACCGGCCUUAUAGGUGUUUGAAAUAGAAGUACAGAUUGCUGCAUGUUGUCUGUGUGUCGACUGUAGGCGUAAUACGGUUCAUGUUAUCGAGAUGUAUACCUACAUUAUCGAGAUGUAUACCCACAUUCAAUAUUUCAAACGUAAGCCGGCAAAUGAACGCGGUACAUGGACUUGGAGGUCUUGUCCGACAUAUUAACUCCUACUGUGACUUCUAGCUGCGAAUUCCUUCACUUCUUUGGUGUUUCAGAGCGGAUUUCAGAGUAAGUGCUACGAAUCACUUCAAGAUCAUCUUGUUAACUCGGCUAUCAUUGAUAAAUUCAAGCUGGCAGUGUACCUAUAAAUUUUGCGCGUUGCGUGUAACAAACCCUGCCAUAACGGUAUUUAUUGCUUGUGUUACAUUAUUCACAAUAAAUAAAUUCUACCGGGUCUAAAGAUACUCUUUGGGUGCUGCAGCAAAACGAAUAACCUACUAGCCCGUAAACUCAUGGUGCGGCACUGUUUAUACAUUUGUAAAUUCAUCUUAUGUUAUGAUAGAUUUUACUCCUAGAUCUAUAGUGAAGGUUGAGUUCACUAUGUGUAACGGUUGCAUUUGGAAUUAGCCUUUGCUUCCUUAAUGGAGACAUUUGGAAGUUGCAUUUGGGACCUUUUGCGUAAGAAUAUAGUUACUGUAUGCUUUAUUCAUGCUAAGGCUAUCUAGUUAUGAUGUGCUUCUGUACCUUUAAUUGCGCAUUUAUCUCUACGUUGGAAAUGAUUGCAUUUAGUACAUACCAACUGCAUUUAUUACUCUAAGAACAUUAUUUAUGUUUACUUUAGGCGCUAAUUCCAAUGAUCUCUUUAGCCUUAGAUUGACAAGUUAGCUUGGAUCGUACAUUAAACUUCAUGACACGAGAGCUCACUGCAUUAAAAAAAUUCAGAUAUUGAUUGGACAUUUCAAUCACAAGAAGUAUUUUAAAAUUAUAAUUUUUAGGUGACUUACCUCAGCACAAAUAAUUUUAACAUCACUAAAUCAUUCAAUCUAUUUCUAAUUCAUGGAUGGUUUCAAGUACCAUCAAUCUAGCAGGGUAAUGGUUGGCCGCAUCUAAUUCAAUAAUACUUCCAAAGUUUGUUACUCUAUUAAAACCUUACAUGAAGUUUCGAGAUGCUUUCAAAGACGAUUUUCCUUCACUACGAGGUUCUAAGAGUGAUUAUUCUGAAAUUCAACAUUUCUUUCUAAUAAAACUGAUGUAUAUAUGUUAAUGAAUACUUUUAACAGUAGCUAACUUUGAACUCACCCUUUACAUUAACUACGCAAGAUUCGAAGUUCAAUUGGCAAUCUAGGAAACAAUUGACUAAGCGUUCAUCAAAACGUAAGGCAUUUUUCAAAGAUUGUAGAUCCAACUGGCAAUUGCAAAGUGUACAUUGUACAGUGCUAAAAACUUCUUAUCUAUUUCUAUUGUAAUAUCUAAGGUAUAGCUUUAAGAAAAAAUCAUUUAUCUGCAGAUUGAUCAACAUUAGGCGAAAAUGCAUCCUAUGAGUCAAAUUUGCAUGUCCCAUCCGCUUCACUUACUGCAGGCUUGUGUCUCUUGUGUUCUAAAAUUAUAUGUUUAGUUUUUAAAGCUUGUUUCACAAUUGAAAAGAAACGAUAUUACUAUGGAUCCGAAUGAAACGAUCUCGGGACAUUCCAUCUAGUCAUUGAUGUUGUAUAAUAAUCAAAGAUAAGAGCUUUACUUUGUUAGUAGUGAAGCUCUGAAUAUGGCAUUUUCUAUAACGGUUCAAUUUAAUAAAAGUGAAAUUUCGGUAAUCGCGAUGUUUCAUAAAAAGUCCUCGUAUUUCUGCAGAAAUUAUUUUAUGCCUUAUCAUCUGUCAGGGAUUAUCUGUCAAACGAGCGACCGUUUCAUCGGUGAUUCCCACAGACUUUAUUCAAAUUAAAAAAAAAUUCAACGGCGCUGAGAUCUGCCGAGUCCUUCUUUCAAUUAAUACCUUAACGAUAAAAUAAUCUGAAUUUAUCUGGGUAUCCUGGGAUCUUUUUAUGGAGGAUACAUUUUUUUCAUUGAUGAUUCAGUAACAUCUGUCGGGAUUCUUGUGGUUAGUCGCACGAUUAAAUUGCACUGAAAUAAUCUUGUGCCAAUUAUAUAACGCCGUGUCGGUUUGGAGUUAUUUGAUAUAUCUGACUUUUGAAAGAAUCCCAAAGAUACAAUUUAAUAUCCAGGCAAGAGACGUAGAAACAACGUUGAAUAUGAGUUGAUUGCGUUUGAACAGCUUUUCAUCAACGUUAUUUCAACGUUAGUUACCUGAUGGGUAAUAUCCACUUUUUAUGAGCGAAUUAUUUCAUGUAUGUCACCCAAGUUAUUGAUCUAGAUUGAUCGUAGCCUGCCAAAUACGAGACUUGAUUGCUUAUUUUACAAGCUAUAGCCGGUUAAUUUUGUGCCCUACUUAUAGCAUUGUAAGACACACUCAAACCUAAAUGUCAUCUCUAUAUUUACGGUUAAACUGGGCGGCCACCAUUUCUGUAGGCAGUGAGUGUUUAGAUGUAAACUUCUCACUGCUGAUGGAUCUUAGAAAUGGUAGGAACAUCACUGUAUCCUACGGAAUAUUAAUAGUGAUAUUGAUGUUCUUGUAUUUACAUUUAGUGAGCGAGUCUUCUACGUACUACAAAUAUUGCAAACAUUAUUGCGGAGUUGUGGAGUGUUUAUUUUGAUAGAUCUACUACUUUGUGUGGGAAAAAUGUCUAGUGUUGCCUACUCAAGUCACUUUUGAUGAAGUUUUUGUCCCAGUUGAGAGAUAGUGAAACUUUAGUUCAUUUAAUUGGAUAUGACAAUAAUAGAGUGAAUAUUUUAUUGUCGUCAUUCAAGUGUUUUUCGUUCAUUUUUGAUGUUCGUUGAUUGUUGGUGAAGAGUUUAUUGAAAGUGAAAGAACAUAUGAUGUCAAAGAAGAAGUGAACAUAGACAUACAUCAGCGCCGUGUUAGAAGAAAAGUGCUAUCGUUAUUAAAACAGUGAUAACUGCGUGAGAACUUGAGCCUGAGUACCGCCAUGAGUGGUGCGAAGAGACUCUCCCAAAAAUGCAGUGAUCGAGGCGCUUGGACGUCGAAAAAGUGAACUUUUUGCCCGUCUUUGCUGUAGGGCAGGUUAUCCUGCCGGUCUUUGCUGUAUCAAAGAGUAUAUGACGUCAAGUUGAGCUUGUUAAAUGACGGAAACGUCGAGUAUGCUUGUACAACUGUGUAAAAUUACUAGGUAGCGGCCUGCGCCAAACCUGUGUAAAAUUAUAUAGGUAGGAGUCGGCACCAAACCUGUGUAAAAUUACUCAGUAGGAGUCGGCGCCAAACCUGUGUAAAAUUACUCGGUAGAAGUCGCAGGAUCGCCACAGGAUCUUAUUACAUACAUCCUAUCCUCACGAGGACGUAGUUGCCCUAUUUAGCUAAGACUAGAAUUAGAUACGUAAACCACAACAUUUUAGUGACAAUUCUAGAAUAUCCUACAUCCAGUUUAUUGAUAGUAAGCCUAAACUGCUUUAUGAUAUACAUAUAUAUAUAUAUUUUUAAUGCUACCUUGCGGAAAAUGGGGGAGAGGUUCUGGUAAAUGAGCCUUUUGUGAGCAAAUAGAACCCUUCAGUAUUCAACUCCUACGUGACAUUUGAAAUAAAUGCCACUUGUUCUUUAACCAAUUUUUUACUUCUAUUAACCUCAAAUGAGCGCUCCGGCAUUGAACGUUAAGUUGGUCUGAACAUUUCUCCUCAUAUCCAACUCUCUCCCAUUUGGAAUUUCCCGCAAUAAAUAUUAUGGUAAUAUUAUACGGUAGCUCUGAUACAUACCUAAGAGUAAACGUUAAGAAGCUCCAGGAACAUUGUAAAGGGUUUGCUAGUUAUAUCCUCAGAGUGCAUUCUUUGACUGAUGCCAACUGGAGGGAGGGGUGGUGCAAUGAUUUUUCAUUAUAUUUACGUGCAUAUUUGCUCUCCCUGUAUGGAGAAUGACCAACUGCUCUUUAAUUGAUCAGUAUAACUGUGGUUCAUGAUCACUGUUAUUAUCUCAUUUAAAUUGAUCAUCGUCGUCCAAUACGCGUCACAUUGUAAAGUUUGUAGGUACUGUUAUUGGCCCCCUUCUACGCCAGCCAAUGUUUCAAGUCGCGCGUCUUCGGAUUAACUCGAGUUAUGGUUGAAGUUUGACCGCUGUUUGGGUCAACUUCUGACUGGGAUUUCUGAAAUUUUGACUUUACGCCGGAAACUCUUUUCAUCAAUAUGGGUACAUAUUCGGCUAGGAAUUUUAUGAACGAUAGGGUGCAUAUCUAAUGUGUGCCAAAAUUGUCAAUGUCUUUUGAUACUGAUUAUUCUUUUAACUCAUCAGCCAUAGUAAUUUCACGAAAUGUUUAAAAUUGCACUGCCCUUUGAUAUUUUUGGGCUUUGAGUUUCACUUUGAAGUUUCGAUUCAGUUCCACGAAAUCAAAAUAAUUUCAUAAAAUCUUCAUCCAGCUACUUUCUUCCUGAAAUUGUGAUUUUUUUUUGCAUUGAAGAAGUUCACAGCCAAUAGGAAGAUUUUGUCUGAAUUUUAUGAUGAGUUUUUGCCUGGUAUUUUUCUACCAUUCCUGAACCAUAAUAAUUUUCAAAUUGCCUUCAAAAUUUGUUCUAACGUAGUGCAACUUGCAUGUGAAAUCUUUCGCAAGUAAGUUCUUGACCAAUAAUAAGAAUUUUAACCUCUUGUUCAUUAGGUAAAUAAUCACUAUUCCUGCAACUAAUUUAACAGGAUGAUAGUUUAAUCAGAUUUUCAACACCCUUGCCUCUAGUAUCUCCUGUUUUAAUUUGCAUUUAAUAAAUUUUUUUGUACCAUCUUCGAACUGAGUCGAGGUUUGGAUCCUUAUUGCAAAACCAAACAUAAUUCCCGUGAAAUUUAAUGGCGCUGAAAGGUUGAUUUUCGUUAUUAUUUAUUUUUUUAGUUGAUGGGUGUAGCUAGAUAUUCAAUCCGCCCUUCCCUUGGACUCAUGGGAGUGUGAGUCCAGUUCACUCCUCACAGUUAAUUAAUAAAUCUACCGUAAUAAUUAGCAGAACUCCAAUUAGUGUAUAGCUCUGUAACCAUUUAAUGAAUUAUAACAAUAUAGUAGUAUAAAUAAUGUAGUCCUUCAAAGACCCUCAUCAUAUCAUGUUACUCAACAGUCCUUUAUGGGUCUAAGGACUAAUUCGUACGAUCCUUGUUAUCAUGAAUACCUGUUUUUUCAAUAGUAUCUCGAUGUUUUUAUUUCCUAAAACUACUAAUAACAUUUCUCUUAAAACGUAUACUUUAUUGAUACGAAUCAGCACUACCUCCCCAUCCCUACUUUAAAUGAAAGUAUUUAGUAAGUUCUAAAGUUAUUUCUCAUAAUCUCUGUUUUGCUAUAUAACUUAUGAAAAUAUCAUAAGCCAUAUUUAGUAUUUCUUUUUGAAGGAGGUCUUUGUCUUUUGAUCCUGGGGCUCGUUGUUGUUGGUUCGGUGAUAGCGAUAAUUAUAUGUCUCAUCACUGACCUCCUCUUGCUGUACCGUUCCUCCUCCUUUGUUAUACAACUAUAAUGAAGAGGUUUCAUAUACGUAUUUCUCCUCCUUUGUUA